AUGCGGCCUUUGUCGCCCGUUCUCGCCUCGUUGGCGAAUGUAUUCCGGAUUCCAAUUUCCCAGACCCCGUCAAGACCGACCAUCGGUCGUGUGUGCAAUAAACUCCUCACUGAGAAUAAAUCGAUCACGUCCGCCACGCAGCCCAUGGCUGCGCGGUCGUUUUCGACUACGAAUGCUUUAUUAAAGAGAAAGGGGAAUGGCCCUCGGACGGAUCGUCGGAUUACUCUAAUCCGUUACUUCCUCUGGCAUCCACUUACUCCCCGUCCCCUCCGAUUCUCUCGAACGCGGUACCUACGCCAUUGGACGAUCCAUCGUGCCUGGCAACUAUAUCAAGGACAGCAGCGACGGGCGCACCAGCUGGAGCUGCAGCGCCAGUGGCAGGCGAUGUCGGCGGCUUGCGAGGAACUGCGCACCGGGGCGGGAGACGGUGGCAGACUGUUUCGGAAAUCGAUGAUCAAAACGGGUAUCUUCCGGGAUAUGUUUCCUAUUGAGUAUGGACGGUUGCAGACGGAGAGUCCUGGGAAAGAGGGUUGGAAUCAUGAGUGGAAGAGGAUGGAGAAGAAAUAG